CACCCAGUCUGGUCUCCAGAAGUACAAUUUGGUUAUGAUGAGUCACGUAGCUGCUUCAGUUGUUGAGUUUGCUAAAUCACAAGUGGAGUGGAUGUCUGAUAAAGUUUUGAAUGGGCUAGAUAUGGAAUGUGGUUAUUCGCGAGAACUGUUUCUCGACUGGUGUGGUGAUAGCAGAAACUCCUUCAUUAUCACUGGUAGAUCGAGUGAGCGGACGCUGUGUUCAAAAUUGAUUUAUAUGGCCGAAUGCUUGGCAAAUAACUCGCGAACCAACAGAAUAGUUGCUCUGGAAGUGAAGAAGAGGGUCCGCUUGGAAGGCGCAGAACUCGAAGCCUACAAGAAGAAGAAGGCUCAAAAAGAUAAGGAGGAAGCGAGACGAAGGUUGGAACAACAAGAGAGACGCCAAGCUGAGCUCCGCGGCUAUGAUUCUGAUGAUGAUGAUGAGAUGAUAGCUAGUGCCUUAGCUGCUGUUGAAACUUUACGUACCAAAAAGACAAAAGAAGAAGAAGCGGCGGCUGCAGCAGCCAGAGGUGAAAAACCACCGAAGGCAGUAACACCGAUGGUGAUAGAUGUAGAACCAAAAGAGGAACCAAUUGAACACAUGGAGACGAACGGAGAUGCUGAAGCU